AUGACUACCUUCUCCGAGAAGAAUAGCUUCACCCAUGGAAGCCAGAUGUCCAACGUGGAUCCUGGAGUUGAAGAGCAAGAGCUAGCCAUUAGUGACUCAGUGAACAAGACUGAUGCCACGUAUUUGUACAAAGAAAAUACAAAAGGAGAGGUGAUUGAGAAAUACCUUCUCCCAUGUCCGACAGCAGAUCCCGCCGACCCCUUGGUUUGGAGCCAGUGGCGAAAGCAUCUUGCCAUGAUAUCGACAUGCUUCUUUGUCUUCAUGUCACAAUUCGCCAAUGGCUCGAUCACACCACUCAUAGUACCCAUUAUUAUUGAUUUCAACAUCAGUGUAGAUCAGGCUACGCGUCUCAUCACUCUAAAUAUCCUGUUCACAGGUGUCGGCAACUUCUUCUGGAUUCCCCUCGCGCAAAAGAUUGGCAGAAGGCCGACCUUCAUAGGUUGUGCACUUCUAUUCUUUGGCUGUGGUAUCUGGUGUGCAGUGGCCACAACCUAUUCGUCGUUAUUGGGAGGCCGUAUCAUCAUUGGGUUCGCAGCUGCAGCUUGUGAGACACUUGGAGUAGCAAUUGCAUCGGACCUCUACUUCCUCCACGAGCGUGGGUCUAUGGUUAGCCUCUACGCGCGCAAACGCAGCUUCAUGCAAGGAGCAGGACCUGCCCUAGGGUCAGUUUUUGGGGGCCUUGUGGUUAAUGCGACUAAUAAUUGGCGAUGGACAAUGUGGUUGAGCGCUAUCCCGAGCGGAGUUUGCCUGCUUCUUGUAAUCUUUCUCAUCCCAGAAACAAACUUCCGUCGUUCUGUCGAGGCUACUAAAGUAGGCAUGACUUCUACAAAUUUCGCAGAGCUCCGUCGUACUUUGAAAUUGAGUCACAGGAAGGCUCUAGGGGUGACUAGCUGGUACGAUCGGGAAACUUCCCUCUGGACCUUUUUCAUUCGACCAAUCGUUCUCCUGCCUCUUCCAGCCGUAUUGUAUGCUUCCCUGACUUACGGCGUAACUCUGGGGUGGUGUGUCAUUCAAGCAACGGCUAAUGCAACAGCAUUUCCCACACUCUACAAUUCCUCCGCCAUAGGUGUCGGUAAUAUCAAUAUUGGAGCUUUCAUUGGUGGAAUCCUGGGAUGCGUUUAUGGUGGCCCAUGCAGUGAUUUUAUCGUGCGCUGGCUCUCCAUACGCAACAAAGGGCAAUUCGAGCCUGAGUAUCGAUUAUGGUGCAUGAUUGGGCCCUUUAUCUUUGGUCCGAUCGGCCUCAUGCUAUGGGGUGGCGCACUAGGUAGUCAUCUGAGCCUAUACAUGGCCAUUGCAGGCACCGGAAUCACCUAUGCAGUUGUCUGUGCCGUUGCAACGAUUGGCAUCACCUACAUGGUCGAUAGCUACAAGCCUCUGAGCGUCGAUACCAUCACCGUGUUACAGAUUUUCAGGGGUAUUUUUGCCUUUGCGGUCUCUUUCACGGUCACUCCGUGGACCACGAACUCUGGCUAUGUUAAGAUGUCUGGAUAUAUGACUCUCAUUGAAGGAGGUCUCCUUUUAACGACGAUUCCUUUGUACAUGUAUGGGGCUCAAAUUCGGCACUGGACUAUCAAGAAGUUCAAUCUAUAUUGA